CUUCGAAGCGGUUUCGGUUGUUUUGAUUUUGUUCUGAGGACUUGUUUUAGCGUUUUUUGACAACUGCUGAUAUGUUACGCAUCUUUUAUAUGGGUCUUCUUAAAACAACCAUGUAAUAUCGUUCGAACUUUCAAUUUUGUGAAGAGUAGUUGUGUUACGUUGCGCCAUUAUCGUUUCUUGUUGUGAGAAUUAUUCACUUAUUUGUUAAACUAAUUCUUUUAUGUAUAAUAGAAGUUAAACAACUAUAGAAACUGUUUUCGUGUUGUCACCAUAAGGUUUCCCAAGAGACUUCAAACGUCAUUUUCGGCUUCAUUACAGCAAUAUUUCAUCUUCGACAUGAAACCUCAUCUUACAGGUGUGAUUCGAAUAUGGUAUUUGCUCAGUUAAUGUUUUAUCACGAACAGUCGUUCUCAUAAUGUUAGAAAAUAGUUAUGAUCACGAAGUGCACACAGUAUUUUGUGGGAAAAAUGCAAAAUUUGGUGACGUGGUGGAAGGCAGAAAGGGUAACGUGGCUGUGAUGAAUAUCACGGCAAUUCUGCUAUUCAUUACAGGAACCCAGGGUUUCUUUUUCGGCUUGUUUGGUAGACGAGAACCGCGCGAGGCUUGCGUGACCCAAUAUGGCUACUGCAAAUUACGGUGCCCAGAUUGUACAAUGUGCUAUGACAACCUUCUGAAAUGCUACAGAGGCAAACAAGGAACCAGCGAGAGCGCCGAAGAGGCCCUUCCGCAACUCAGCCCCUGCCUCGCUAAACUAUCGAGGUGUAAAGCGAGAUGUGCCACGUGCAGCGAAUGCUACGCCAUCUUCAUAGAGUGUAGCAACCAGCUGAAUGCCACCCAGCGGUCUACUGGCUCCCUGGCGGAGUCUUUGCCCUUCGUGAGUGAAGUCGAGCAACACCAGCCUCCUGAGUCCACUUCGUCAGGAGCUGGAACGAACGGCGAGAACGGUUUCGAGGUAGGCGACUUCACCGACAUCGACGAGAGCUUGCAGAUUCGCCUGCCGGGGAGGAUAGUGUUCAUCAUCGAGGAAACCUUCAGCGGAGCCGCGAUCGAAGUAAGAAUAAGGGAAGAGGAGUUUGAACAAAGUCUUGCGGCCACAGUGGUCGUCUCUCAAAACGAGAGUAAUGCUACUGCACUUCCAGUUGGAGGGACGACCGUUUCCCUCGCUGAAGAAACUGGAACCACGCCUGGAAGUGCUGCGCCAAAUACAUAAUGUUGACGAGACGAUGGACCUAAAUUUGUAUUUGGAAAGCAACAAAUCUUAUUUAACUGAUAAGAUAGUCUUGUCACAUAUGUAAUGGUUAGUGAGCAGUGACUGGACGCAUGGACAUUUUCUGCUGUUUGUACAUUUGUAUUGUGCCGUAUUUUAAGCAGCCGUUUACAUAGAACUGACCCUUUGUUGAUUUUCCUUUUGGGAAUAAAAUGAACAGUUAAAUACUGAUAAUUAC